AUGACCCCCACGUCAUCCAUCGUCAUCUCUCCUCAGCAUCUGUCAGCUUGUUUAUCCCUCAACUUUAGCCGCUUUGUCCCCGGUUGAACUGGUUUGUCACUUCAUGUAGCAGCGGUACAGGCCGUGUGACGGUGCCACGGACGGCUGCGCUGCACGUUCCGCCCUCUCGCAUCCGAACUGCGGCACUUUUCCAUUCAGAACCGAGCCGGAGCAGCGAGCUGGCCGCUGCUAGCUAGCAGGCUAACAGGUGUUUGGAGACGAGUGCCGCUACGAGGAGCCGAGCUGCUCAAAUGUUCUAUGACCUUUGACUGUCCGCCCCGAUUAGAGGAUGUAUCCACCUUCCAGAAAGGACUUCAUCUCUCUGACGCUCAGCGACCCGCACAGCCACACCUACAACAACGGGAAACACCGGCGACAGUCCUGCUGGAGGAAAUGGAAGCAGCUGUCUCGGCUCCAGCGAAGCCUCAUCCUGUUCCUGCUGGCUCUGCUGCUUAUACUGGGACUGCUCUCCUACCCCAGCAUCACGGAGCAGUGGAGAGGAUUGUCUGACAGGGAGGACUGGCUGGAGCUGACUGACCAACAGCUGAAGGCCGCCCCUCCAGGUGUGAAGCCGGUGUUGGGUCCGGCUGCAGGCAUCGCUCCAGCUCCUGCUGCUCGGCCACAUCUGGAGCCAGCUGUUGGUCUGGAUGUUAUUGUGGAGGCCAGAGGACCAAAUGUCCCCAUUUUGCCAAAACCUCCCAUUAAGAAAAAGACAUUUCCAAACAAAAGAGGUCCACCGAACCUGCAGAAAGACGGAAAUGUUUCAGACACAGUCGGUGGGGAAAAGCAAGAACAGGAGGCGGUUCAGGAGGAAGAAGGAGAAGAGGAGGGCAAAGAAAAGAAGAUUGUCAGCUGGAGAGGAGCGAUGAUCGAAGCCGACCAGGCCACAGAGCCUCCACCUUCGGCCAAUGAGAAGGAAGCAGCAGCGCCUCCAGCACCCGUGAACCCCGCUGAUACUGUCCCACUGGAAGUUUCUACUGGCACUGCAGACCGACUGGAGGCAGUACGUGAUGCCUUCAGACAUGCGUGGAAAGGCUACAAGGACCACGCCUGGGGGCACGAUGAACUCAAGCCCAUCUCCAAGUCCUUCAGCGAGUGGUUCGGCCUGGGUCUGACACUGAUUGAUUCUUUGGACACCAUGUGGAUUAUGGGCCUGAAAGAAGAGUUUGCAGAAGGGAGGAACUGGGUAGAGAAAGAGCUGUCCUUCAACAAGAAUGUGGACGUGAACCUUUUUGAAACAACCAUACGUGUCCUGGGGGGGCUGCUGAGCUGCUACCAUCUAUCAGGAGACCAGCUGUUCCUGGAGAAAGCUAAAGACCUCGGGUCCAGAUUGAUGCCCGCCUUCAAAACCCCCUCAAAGAUCCCAUUCUCGGACGUCAACAUCGGAAAAGGAACGGCCCACCCUCCGAGAUGGACGUCGGACAGCACGCUGGCCGAAGUUACAACCAUCCAGCUGGAGUUCAGAGAGCUGAGCCGCCUCACUCAGGAACCACAGUACCAGGAGGUUGUCAACGAGGUGAUGAAGAUGGUCCACACGCUGCCCGGAAAACACGACGGCCUGGUGCCCAUGUUCAUCAACACCCACAGCGGCCAGUUCACCCACAAAGGAGUGUUCACGCUGGGUGCCAGGGCGGACAGCUACUACGAAUACCUGCUCAAACAGUGGAUCCAAGGAGGAAAAACAGAAGACAAUCUGUUGGAGGAUUACCUUCAGGCCAUAGAGGGAGUGAAAAAACACCUUGUAAGGAAGACGGGGCCCAACAUGUUCACCUUUAUUGGAGAGUUGUCCCACAACCGCUUUAACGCCAAGAUGGAUCACCUGGUGUGUUUCCUGCCGGGGACUCUGGCUCUGGGGGCCCAUAACGGACUCCCGGGGGACCACAUGGAUCUGGCUGUGCAGCUGAUGGAGACCUGCCACCAGAUGUAUGUCCAGAUGGAGACCGGACUGAGCCCGGAGAUCGCACACUUCAGCCUGCAGUCCAGCGACGGGCAAGAUGUUCUCGUCAAGCCUGCAGACAGACACAACCUGCUGAGACCAGAGACGGUGGAAAGUCUGUUUUACAUGUACAGGUUCACCAAGGACACCAAGUACAGAGACUGGGGAUGGGACAUACUGCAGAACUUCAAUAAAUACACCAAGGUCCCUGACGGCGGCUACACGUCCAUAAACAACGUCCGUGACCCCGUUAACCCCGGACCUCGGGACAAGAUGGAGAGCUUCUUCCCGGGUGAGACGCUCAAGUACUUAUAUCUGCUCUUCUCUGACGACAUGGAGCUGCUCAGUCUAGACAAAUAUAUCUUCAACACGGAGGCUCACCCUCUGCCCAUAUGGCCAUCGCCACCGAAGUGAAGUCGUAUUACAGGAGACGUCUGUAAAAAUACAUCAGGACCACAGAGUCGGUGCAUCUGAAAGCAACCGUCCAGGCUGAAUGAAGCAGAUCUGUGCUGUCCACCCGUGCUUUGAUAUGUGAAGGAGUUUGAUUUGGGUUUUUUUUGGUCUUUAUUUGUGAUUUUCUUCAUUUUUCCUAAGGAAAAGGUUUGUGACAGAGCUGGUCUCUAAUGUAAAACUUUUUCGCAAUAAGGUCAGGCGAGCUGCACACUUUACUACUUGGGUGACUGGGGUAGUUUUUGUAUGUUUGUUGCCUGUUGCCCGCUCAUUCGUCCUGCUUCGUCUGGCUGUGAAAGAACAAAUUCAUUGUGUUAAACCACUAAUGUUUGAAGGUUCAAUAGCCAGUGAUCAAAAUAUAAGAAAUAUGUUCAACGAUUUAUAUUUCACAGAUAGUUAUGGUGGAGGAGUCGCAUUUAUUUGUCUUGCAUUGAAACUUUCUCACAAAUGAAAAACUACAUUUAAAGGGUUUUUAGUGCAGCACCAAGGGGGCAGAUCAGUACCCAACUGAGAGGUAAUUUCAAAAUAUAUGCAUUACUGUUCAAAAGUUUGGGGUCACCCAGACAAUUUCAUGUUUUCCAUGAAAAAUAGCACUUUUAUUAAUCUGCAAACAUAAUUUAACUGGGGUUUUCUAAUCAUUUAUUAGCCUUUCAACACCUUUCAGCACAAUGUAGCAUUAGAACACAGGAGUGAUGGUUGCUGGAAAUGUUCCUCUGUACCCCUAUGGAGAUAUUCCAUUAAAAAUUAGCUGUUUCCAGCUAGAAUAGUCAUUUACCACAUUAACAAUGUCUAGACUGGAUUUCUGAUUAUUUUAAUGUUUUCCUCAUGGAAAAAGCUGCUUUUCUGGUUAAAAAAAAUAUAAGGACAUAUCAAAGUCACCCCAAACUUUUGAACUUUAGCAUAUAAUACCAAACAUGUAUGUCUCUUAUUAAAUAAAGACUUCAAAUGAAGUACUAGUACGAUUAUGGCAAGAUAUAAUAAAUUAAAACCAUAUUGGUGGUAUAAUUAAUUAAACCCUGUUCGGUUGUUUGUGGACAGAUUUUAUUCUUUUGGUUUGUCGAGCUUCCAGUUGAUUCUCAUUGGGGGUUUUCAGACUUCAUUCCUCUUGUGCUUGGUUUGUUAAGUUACCUGAUGAAAACAACACUCGUUAUCUUGGUCAUUGUUACCAAUAUUGGACAGGCUAGUGACAGACGGCAUCAGUUUUGCUGAUGUAGCUGCAAUUCUUUAGAUCUGAAAAAUAAAAGGUAAUAAUGGUAAAGCUUCGACGACAUUAAUGCUAAUUUUCUUGUGAUUUCUACAUUUAGAGAUAGGGUUGUUGGGUUAGGGUUAGGGUUCUUUCGGUCAUGUCUACACCAAUUGUCCACAACAUUCAAACCGCCUUCUUAAUAUUGUGUAGGACCAUUUCUUACCAGUAAAACAGCUGUGAACCAUUGGAGUGUGGAGGAGGAACGUCUAUUGGCGUCUUUAUGCUGUCUGGCAGCGGGAUGGUAGCAGAUGUUUUGGAUUGCAGAUUAGAUUCUCUGUAGAUAGAACUUGUUCCAACACAUCUUGAGAAACUCAAUCUGAUUUGGAUCAGGGAGGUUUUGAGGUUGCAUCAACGCCUUGAGCUCUUGGUCGUGUUCCUCGAGCCGUUCCUGAGCAGGAAGCUAUUGUGGAUGUGCUUAGUCUACAAAAAUAUCUAGAUACAUGAUGGGCAUUGGUAUAACAUCCACAUGAACACCAGGACCCAACGUUUCCCACCAUAAUACUGCAUUUAAUACAGUAUCUGUGGGUUUCAUGUUGUGGCUGAUCAGUGUUGUUUAAAAAAAUGAAGGAGUCCUGAAGGAUUUUAGCUACACGGCUAAUGAAAGCUUGUUUCAGUGAUGGAUACAUUCAUAUAUUCCUGUGAUUUUAUUAUUUUGCAUUGUUGCUGUAAAGGAGCAUUUGUCAGUUGGUUCAUUUAUAUCAUCUGUGGUCCCAGUUAGUGGUUAUGAAUAUAUUCACACUUGUUUUGUAUUAUAUGAAGGAAAACUAACGAGGGCCCAUAUGGAGUCUUAAAUUAGCUGUGAAGUUAGAUCAAAACAAACACGGGGACAUUAUACGGUAUUGAUUCCAGUGUGAGACAGUGUUUGUUUUUUUGUGGAAGUCAAGGUUUGAAAAAGUGGGGGUCAUGUUAUAUUCAAGGACUCGACUGUUGCGUGUUCACAGCAUCAGAUCCUGCUUUGGUAUGGAAACUGUGUAGCACACUGUCUUGUACAGAGUCUGUUGAAUUAUGGACUGUCUGUGGCCUUAAUGUUACCAGUCUGCUGGCUUUUUAACUUCUUUCAUAGACAAAUACAGGCUAUAAGGUGAAGUAUACGUACCCUCCAUUACUGCGGUGGCACCUCACUAGUAACCUGCAUAAAACACACUAAUGACUGUACAGGGAACCGCUGCUCGGAUCUUUUUUAAUCAAGAAAUCUAUCCAGUCCUGCUCUGUGCUGUUAUCUAUUCCUCCAGAAGGAAACUUUUGGCAAACUUUGAUGAGAAAGUAAAAGCCACAAACUUCUACUCCGUGAAAUAUAUUCAACUUUUACCAAACCUCCAGUGAAUCUGCUUGUUUCAGUGGCAUUUUUGAGCUUCAUGUUGAGGGAAUAAGACUGUAAUCAACCAACAAACUUCUGUUUAUUGAUUCCACUUUUACACAGUCAUGCGUUCAGGGUUUUGUAGUAAGUGUUCCUUUUCACCUAAUUGCAAUGCACAAAAUUAUCAAGUUUGAUUAUUUAAUUAGCCUAGAAAGCCAUUCCUGUUGGGUUCAGUCAGUGCACUGAACUUUAAUUCUCUCAGCACUUGAUUUUGGAGGGUGGUCAGUUGGAGGAGGCACAGCUGACUGCAAUUAACCCAGAAAAACGAGAUUUCGCCAUCAGUGUAAAUGCGUUUAGUUCUGCUGCUGCAGUAAUGGCCGCAGCUCUUGCAAGCGGGACACAUAAACCAUCUGUCAGAUGCAUUUAUGGAGAGGCUUUGGGAGUCGAAGGGUUGUGGUCCUGCAGGAAUUUCAUGUGACGAAGUAGAAAAUAGAAAUAAAUUAACAAUGACUGAGUUCUGACAGUGUCCUGAUGUGUUUACUAUGAAGAAUUAUGAAGAAUUAUGGCGCCGGUGGACGUUAAGAAGAUUCAAAUGGUCCAAAUCCCCUCAAGAUACACUUUUUGGUUAGUAUUUAAAGUUUCACUUACUGUUCAGUGAAGAAGGUGAUUAAUGAUACCUCAGGGAAACUGUAUUUUCUCAAAAACAGACUUUGGUAAAGAGUGGUGGGUCAUAGUCGCUCCAUGUUUGGGACCCGUAGUCACUCAUUCAUCCUCUUUUCACAGGCGAUUGCUCAAAGGAGUGAACUUUUCUCUUUUUGUUGGAUUGUUGAAGACUUUUUGAUUCAUCGCUGUUUUGCAAAACCCUCAGUCCCUGUCAGAUGUUGAUGUAGAGCAGUGUGAGGCGGCUUCUUUAUCAUGUGUCAGACCUGGAACAUCAGUUUUGAAAGCCACCUGCUUCCAAAACCCCGUUUUUUAUGCCAUUUUGCACCAAAUCGUCCACCAGAGAGCCAUACGGACCCACGUCAUUGAAUGUGCACUACAUUUGCUCUGCUGUGCCUCUAUAGAUGUAUGUUGUUGCUAUCGACGGUAGUUUGAUUUCUUAAGUACUGCUGCAUCAGUGGUGUUUAUUUCUGAGCGAAAAGUUUAAUUUAAGGCGUGUAUUUUUACUUGGGGUGGGUGAUGAUACAAUAUGGGUGUAAAUAUUUUGUGUAAAUGGUUUCUACUGAAUCAAACUGAGAACUUUCUGGUCUUUUGUUUACUGUCAUGUCGUAAAUCCUUAAUUUUAAGCUACUUAAACUGGUGUUUUGGUUGUUUUUCAUGGCUAAAUUUAUGGUCUUUCCAUCCAAAUGUGACCUCAUGGUGGCACCAGAGGAAAAAUCGCGGAAUUAUCGACAAAAUCGGACGUUUUCAUUGCAACCCAUCAAGCAGUUUUCGAGAAAUUUCCUCCAGAUAUGAACAAAAACGACCAAAAAAUUCAGUUUUUUCUUGAUUUAAAUCCCAAUAUUUGCCCACAUCUUCUGUGAAAAGACUUCAGUCCUGCAUGCGGCUGCCAUUAAUGACUCUUAAACAUUCAUGGAGUCUGAUAACAGAUUGAUUUUCACAAAUUUUUCGCCCUCCACAGCAAAGGGAGAAGAAUGAAAAUGCUCAUAUGCUAACAUCUAUUCUCCAACUCACAGUGUGUCAUUUACAGUAUUUCGUGGUUUAUUAAAUCUGUUUAAUUCGUGCUGCGUAAGUGGCGACAAUUAAAAUGAGGAAUUUAUUCCAGAGCAAAGAGGCCGAACAAGACAUACAUUUAAUUUCUCUAUUAACCUUGAGCUAAUGUGACCAGACGACCAGACUUGACUGUAAAGGAAGAGUUACGGCGGUUAGAAGUGUCACUGAGGCGCAGCUUGUCUCGUAUAGUCUGUAAUGUUUGCUGUGACUUUCACUGCAAAGACAACUCCUGAGUACUUUUUAUCUAGAGUUCUUCUAUUAAAAUUCUCUUUUAGUCAUGCAAAAAUGCCAACAUGUUGACAAAAUGAAGUCUACGUCUAAAAGAAACUGAUAGAUCCAGCUCCAGAUCUCAUGGAUUACAAAAACAGCCGCUGACUUCAGAGUCUGAAUAUGAUUUGUUUAUUAUUCCCAAUUUAAUUACGCCACAAUUAAUCCUGCCAGCAACCUUUCACACUUCAAAGGAUAAGGCUGCAUUUUUUUUUAAUUUUUUAAUUCUCCUCAAAUCCCCUGAAAACCAAAAAUGUGUUAGUCUCACUGCUUUCUGAUUUUAGUCCUGAAUCUGCUCCCAACUAGUGCUCCAAAACCUUAAAAACGUUCAUAAAUAUGAAAUAAACUGUAUUUUAAUAUUGAAAAGGGCUCAAAACUGUUGUUUUUUUCACGUAACACAAUUGUCGGACUAUUUUAGCAGUGGAUUAAUCCACAUUUGAUGCUCACCAGGAGUCUAUAUGUCAGCCGGUGGAACAGCACGGCUCACUGAUGUGUUUUUAAUCGUUUCUUGAUUGCAAUGAAGAUCUACAACAUGGAGGGAAAAGAUAAACAAGGCUUUAGAUACACGGUAAAACUCUCACUGGAUUUACUGAUCAGAAAAAUGUGAUACCUGUAGUGUCUUAUUACAAGAUGAGAUUCUUCAGAAUCGGUUUUUAUGAUGUAAGGAAACCUUUUGUUGGUAGAUUUGACCUAUAUUAAGUUUUACUGCUACUAAAAAAACCUUCAUAAAGCCGAGAGUUCCACCGUGUUCUGUGUCAACUCACAGAUGUGGAAUAACGUGCAGAUUCAGUAAAUGUCAGGAUGUUAGAAGAUAGACUAUAAAUAAUCUCAGCCUCUUUAGCGACAAACCAUUAAGGUCACAUAUUCGUGAUUUUUCUGUUUAUGGUGACAAGGCAGAUAAAAGACCAGAAAUGACUCAUUUAGCUGCACACUAAGCUCCCCACAGACGCUAUUUAAAAUCACUCUGCUUUCUCAGUUCACUUUCUAAUUAUUUUUCACGGCUGAUUCUUCCACAUAAAAGGACGGCGUGGUUUUUUUUUCUUUUCUAAAAGCAAAUUGGGCAGUCUGAUCUCACACUUUUAUAAAAUUGUUGUACAUCUGAUUCUGCAGACGUUGCACUGCAUAAUCUUGUCUUUUGAAUCAAACGGAGGGUUUAAUGUACAGUAUUUUGUGAGCUAAUUGCUUGAAUCUCACACUUGUGAUGCUGAUUAUUCUGAUUAAUGUGAAUCCAAGCCAUAGCAGAAUGACAGCUUGAUUAUUUCACCGGAGAUGUGGGCGAUGAAGCGACGGUGUUUGUCGCUUCCUGCCUGCUGAGGCCGAUGCUUCACUUACCGUGACCCUGUCGGGGUCCAAACACUUGGAUCAAUAUUGGUUUUGCUGGUUCCAUCGACUAAUUGAGCCAUGCUGGAGGAAAUAAAAACACACCUUGACACAGCAGUCAUGUUGCUCCAUGAUGACCAGCCAGUAUGUUAGACCGAGAGUCGAUAAUUCAUCUGCAUAUUUUGAAGACAUGCUGAAGUGUUUAUUUUACUUAUUCAGUUUUUGUACUCAAACAAAUGAGUUGUCAGAGCUGGGAGCGGUUUGUUUUUUUAGCUUCCACGGUGCAUUGUUUGCAAAACUUUCCUCUUUUAAUGUGCCAUUCAUCAAAUCUGCAUUCACUGUACAGACGAAUGAUUCAGCACUUUGUAACUCAAAUCGUGGCUUAUUGCAAUGUUCACUCAAGUCUGACUUUUUCAUGACCACAGAAUUUUUCAAUAAAGCUUUUCAGUGAA